GUUCAUUGCAUCGCCUAGACUACUGCAGCACCUUUCAAUCGAGGAAAGAUCAUCCACUCAAGCUAGCGAUUACCAGAUCCUGGCUGGGUCUUGCCAUACCGCGGCAUACUCUCGACUCAUCGCCAAUCGCGCGGUUCGCCAGGCCGCGAUGUCCACUUCCACCUCGCGGGCCGAAAAUGUUUCCUCGGGAGCUGCCCCACGGGUCACGGUGACAUACUCUGCCUCUUACCCUUUAGUCAACUCAGACUUUCUGCAGAACAUCAUCUCUGUCCUCAGCUCACAGCUGCCCCUUCGUAAUUUGCACUGGAAGCCUACGAUUCCGGUCCAAAGCGGGUCGAACAUCACUCUGAGCGUGCCUGGUGCCGGAGACGCCACGCCCGUGACCAGCACCACUCCGCUGACCGCCAGUGGUAGCAGUCUGCCCCAAUCCUCCUCAUCUAGCAUCCGCACCAUCCAGUCACUGCCAGUAGACCUUGAGCCCCUCUCAACGGCGCUGCAACGAGUGCGAAACAAUCCCGAGCUGCGAUACGCUGUCAGCCAAAGUCUGCUCGAGCGGCCCUUCAGCCACCUCUAUUUUGUGGCAUGUGACGACAAUGAGGCGUACCGGAACAGCAUCCGCAACGAUAUCAGAAGCUGGAUCAGCUCCCUCGGUCAUCUUCCCGUGCACCCAGCAGACGCUGCACCAAGUGCGAACGCACCUUCAUCCAGGCCCGGCACGCCCAGAUCCUCAGUACACGAUAGCACAAAGGGUUCAUCCAACGCCGAAGAUGAUGCGAGCAGUGCAGCUGGACCAGACUACCUCAUCGUUCUGCUCUCUCCAGAUCCGGGUAGUGCACAAGCUGGAGCACUCGCAACAGCUGCUGGGUCAUUGGGCAGAGGAGCGUCCCCGGCACCUGGAUCCGAACCCGAGAAGAAGACGGGACUCGGCAGAGUGUUUGGUGGGAGCAGCGCUGCGAGUAGAAGCAACGUGAUCGAGAAGAUCAGAGCGGACUUCAACUCAGGCAAGCGAGAGCGGGUCGUCCAACUCACGCGACUGCCGCCGCAACAGCCAGCAAAUAAGCCCAGCGGCGGAUACCAUGCCGACCCUACACUGUUUGCAGACCUAUUGAUGCGGCUCAAAGAUUCAGCUGGCGCGACAUUCGACCGGCUAGUGUCGCUGCAAGAGGAAGAGUGCAGAAGGGAGCUGAGGCACAGGGACUUUCCCGGUUGGAACAUCUGCAAAUGGGUCAGCAGCGUGGAAUGCUUGGCGAACACCUUUGAAGCUGUCGGGCUUCACAAAGAAGCACUCAGUCGGUACGACGAAGUAGAUGCUGCAUUCGAACAGUGCUUGGCGACAGGUGCCACGCAGCACUUUAGAUCCAUGGGGGCUGUCACCAGCGGAGACGAUAGCGCACCUCUGCUCGACACAAGGAAGAAGCCAUACUACGACUUGAUUCGCAGGAGCGAGAUCAGCUUGUUCGAUUUCCGAUGCUACAUCUUUGCGCGAAGGGCCGCACUGCUAGGCAAGCUGGGCAGAGUUGCGCAAGUGAUGCACGAGACGCCUGGCUUCGUGGAGAAUGUUGGGAGGAUGCUCAGUGCUGGAGAGCUCCUUCCACGUCACUUUAUCGAGUCGUGGACGUUCAGCUCAUCCAUCGAUGUGGUGGAGCAGUGCCAGGCAUGGCUGGUAGAGCGGGGAGACAUUGCUGCACCUGGCAUGUCUGACGAGGUCAAUCUCAAGUACUUAGGGGACGAGGACUCGGACGCUAGGAAGAGCGCAAUGCUCGCAAGGCAGCGCCACAUCGAGUCGCAGCUCUCUGCGGCGUUCCAUGCAGCAAAAGCGCAGUUGUUAGAUCUGGCCAGAAGACAGCUGGACAUCAUUGGUAUGCACGUGGGCCACCUGCCAAGGGCUCUGCCAUUUCUCGCCUCGCUGCCCGACUAUGCGUCUAGUGCCGCGGCGAAGGACAGAGAUUUGCCUGCGCUACCAGACGAUGCCUAUGCGAGUGAUCAGCGAAUAACCAGAGACGAGCUACUCCAGGCUAUCGAGGACCGUCAGCUCUUCGACGACCACCUCAUCUCCUUGACGGAAAGGACUGCAGCGUGCUGGAACAACGCUAGCAUGCCCAAGCGGGUGCUUUCGAUGCAAGCAAGUCUUGCAAGUCUACAAUACUAUCGGGAAAAGUACAGCGAAGCCUACGUCGCAUUUGGAAAACUCGCAGAUGCUCAUGCGGUCGAGAGGACUCCUAUCGAAGCGCACAUGCUAGCCAAGCAACUCGCGGCACAUGCCCAUCUCGAAAUGCCGCGAGACAAAGCCUGGGUCAACGUCGUCGUUGCACUGCUGAAGAGGCUGGCGGACGAGCGAGCGAAAGGCGCCUCUCUGCCUAUCUCGAGCAGAUCUGCAGUCAACGUGGCGAGUGGCAUUGCUUGGGACGACGAACGCGCGCUCUUUGCGGAGCUCCGCACGACGCCCUUUGAGCAAGAGCUCCCUGUCAGUCAUUUCUCGCCGCUCGUCGUCAAGGUCAACGCCCCCUGGGCCUCUCAUAUUCCAGGCCAAGAUGGAUCGCAACUUUCUGUCCGAGUCACUUCUGCGACAGGCACUCAGGUGGAAGUCGACGAUAUUCGAGUGUGCUUGACCAGCGGCGAGAGGGAGAUGCUGUGGUUUACAAGCGGAUCGAGAAUGCUGGAGAAAGGCCACAACCACGUCAAGCUAUCGUGUCCCUCUUCUGCCCCUGGGAAGUACAUUGUUGACGUCUGCCAGGUCAGGAUUGCCAAAAUCAUCUUUCAGUACACUUCCCCUCGUACGUGGCCGGGCGUGGUGGUCGUCGGCGUACCUGAAGAUGGAGAAGCUCUGGACGCGAAGCUGGUCAUGCCUGACACUAUACGCAUAGACGAGCAAAGACAUGCUAUUCUGGAAAUCAACACCGGCAGGAAUGAAGUCUCGAGAGCCGAGCUGCGGCUCGCACUAAGCCCGGUCGGUAGAGCUGCUGGUAUGAGCGCAAAUGCGAGGAUGCUGGUUGGUGUCUCGGAGGGCCAUUUCAUUGAUGAGAGUGCUCGUGCAAUUAGUCGCUCUGAAACGCCUAAAUUGGAAGCGGCAGAAGACGGCACAGUACACGUCAGCAGCCUGUCGUCCAGGACACCACACCGACUUCGCUUUCCGCUCUACGAGACGUCUGCCGCUACCGCUGGCACCCUGCACGUCGCCCUGUCUAUAGACUACUGGUCUGCGAAAAGUCAGCGGCCUCAGUCUAGACGACAAUUUCGAAAAGAAGUCACUCUCAGUGUGGCCUUGCCUCUCGGUGUCAACGUGCAAGACUACUUUCGAUCAGAUAGGCUGUACUCCAAGUUCUCCAUCACUGCUGGCACCAACUCCAAUCUGAGACUCGGCAAGGUGGAACUCAUCCACGCAGUAGAUGAGGACGAUAGGAAGCACAAGGCACAGACUGGCGAGCGCCAGGGGCCUGAACAGAAGCACGUCAUCGAGAGACCUCCUUCUUCUGCUCCAGUCCUCCUUGACUCCCGUCAGCCUGCUAGCUACGUCUUCUCUAUCAAGAAGAACACUGCCACAAAAGGUGGCCCAGCCCACAGAGGCGCCCCGACGAAGUUGCGUUUGAUGCUUCGAUAUCGCAGCAUCCAAGAAGAAGCGCAGCGUCUCUUGGUUCGACUCCUUGAACAAACGCUUCAAACGGCAGCCGACGGGCCUUCUUUACUCAGCGAAGGCCACAAGAGGUCACUGGAGCUCGCUAUGUGCCGAUUGGUGGACUUGGGCCUUGACGUGUCCGUGUAUUCCUUGACUGGCCAAAUACGAGCAGGACUUUUUGACGCAGACAUUUGGCGCAAAGCCGCAGAGAGAUGGGGCAUCGAUAGCUCGAGCACGGAGGCGGACUUUGUCGUGAAGGUGGUGGAGAAUACUUUGCAAAAGGCGCUGGAAUGCGGACCGACCGACGCUUCUUCAGAAAGCGCUGCAGCUUUGCCAUGGAGGCUACUUUCCAUACCCGUAGAUGUGCCUCAGGUGGACAUUGUCAACGCCGUCUCAAUAAAGCUGACGGACGAAGGGCCAUACUACGUCGGACAGCCAAUCAAGGCGACAUUGACAAUCUCCACAUCCUUCUCUUGGGGCGUCGACGCGGCGGAUGCCAAGGCUUCUGCUGAGACGCUUCAAGUCGACGAAUUUCAAGAUGCUCGAUCAGAAGCAGGGUCUGAUCUCACCGUCGGAAUCGGCGGUACUCAAGCGCCCUCUAGGAGCCCUUCGCCUGCUCCUUCAAGUCAAGGCCGAGCAGCUUUAGCUGGAAAAGGUCAAAGUCAGCGACUCAUGUACGAUGUUGCUGCAGACUUCGACUCUUGGCUCGCUAGCGGCGCCAAACGACAUGCUUUCGAAGUUAGCACCUCGGACGUGCAAGACACCAGAGCUGCUCCGGCACACGAGUUCGAGCUAGCACUGAUACCUCUGCGCCACGGCUCUCUGCUUUUGCCGACUGUCAACGUCUGGGCUUUGGCCUCCAAGGGUGCUCUCUCAGACCUCAAGAAAUCGCAGUCGAAAGGUAUUUCGCCUACAGACCAGCAGGAUCGGCAGCGUCAUUUGGGCUCGGAUUCGGAGUCAGAUACGGACAUUGACCCAGUGGAAGAUGAGCUGGAAGAACAGCGCCUCAUCGAGCUAGGCCACAUCGUCGUGCCUAGCUGCGCUACACAUCAGAUCAACGCUGCCGAGCACAUCGAGGUAUUAGCAAUCGACAACAAUUCGACGGCUGCACGGGGAGCUUUGCCCCUUUGAGCUAGGACUCCGGUUAGCUGGUGCAGCAGACAGACGGGAAAGCUUUGCUCGGAGCGCUCAUAGCGGAGGCGUCAAAAGAGCUGCGUCCCGAAGGAGAUGACGAGUCGCGUCGCCGGAGUUGGAAGAUGUUCACCUUGCUGCGAUCGUCUAGGCGAGCAGUUUGCAUUUGAAAUGUAAUAUAUGACCUGCCUUUACAGAGCGCCAAC